UGAGAACAUAUGAGCCGCCAGUAAGUAAGGAGCUGUGUUGUUUGGGUAUUGUCAGAGGGUUUGCUCCAGAAUUACAGUAGGAAAUGUGGGAUGUUGUCUGUUCAGCAGUUCUGACUGUUGCAGGUAUGUCGGACUUGGGGUUAUAGACUUCAGAAAUGCUGUUGUCUUUAUGCUUUUUUAUAUAGCUUAUAAUUCAGAAGAUUUGACUUCUGUGGUGUAGAUGUAGGAAUUCAUGUGAAUUUGGGACAAAGUUAGAUUUAGCUGCUGAAGAAGAAAAAUUGAGAAAGAAAAUAGCAUUUUAAAAUCUUAAUGGAUAAGGGAGGUCUUGCUUAUAUACUUUGUUGAAACAUGUUUUCUUUUCUUUUUUUGAAACCUUUCUAAGUAGCCCUGCCGAAAAUUGUGGAACAGAGAAUACAGGGUAAAACUGUUGGCUGCUGUUGUUGCUCCUGUUGAAGAUUUUUGUCAUGUAUUUGUAGCUUUAUCUAACACAAGCGAAAACAAAAUGUAACUCUGGCGUCAUUUGGCCUAAAAACUUAUUUAGCACAGUAUUAUAUAUGUUAAAAAGGAAACAUUUAUUUAUUAUCCUGCUUACGACCUGUUGCAAACAUCUUUCACCAGGUUUUUCCCCCUACCCUGGUCAGAUCUUCUGCCUAGAAAGGAAGUCUCUGUUGGCAUGUCCAGCUUUAUUUAAAUUGCUGACAGAAUUCAGUUGGACAGCACUAGCAAAGCUGUCAUUACCAUAGUGUUAAGAUGUUCUUUAUGAGGAUCAGCUAUCAUUUUUCGUAUAACUAUUUUUAACUGAAUAGUGAAAAUGGCUUUUAUAGGUCACCUGGCCAUGCUCUCUAAUGCUUGUACCCUUGCACCUCUUGCGGAGGGAAAUAGCCCUAGCAAAACAUUAACCGGUUGCCUUGUUCAGAAACUGUUUCCUUCUGAGACACCCAGCGGUAGGACACUAUUAGAUGCUCUUCGUCAUUCCAGUUAAGUCUGCUAUAGUAUAACUUUCCUAUUUUGGAAAAGUCUGUAAUAGGGUACUACUGCAAGUUAAUAAAUCUUAGUGAGGUUUCUGCAUAUAUGAGUCCUGCUGCUGAUAGUUUGGCAAAAGAUACGAUGCUGUAUGUGUUGGGCACUGGUGUGGCUCAGUGCCAUCAGCAAUGAUGUGAGCUUUCAGCAAGUAAACCAGUCACUUUCAGUUAUGGAAGAAUAUGGCAAACCAUGGAUCUUAUAUCAAGGUGUGGACGUGCAGUGUUAAGCCAUUAAAACCGUACUGCAGACUGUAGCUUUGAAUUGCAAUUGUAGAAACAGUAGAUUUUUGUGAAGACUCAAGUAAACGGGUAAGACUGUAAACUUUGCUAACAGUGAAGCACUAUGCACAGAAUAGGAGAAAACAGUCGAGCAUUUCAUCAGUCUUCUUGCUGUCUCUUGCCAGAAUUUGCAGGCUGGCCUGCGUUGCAUCAGUCCUGCUGGACGUUAUUUUCCAUCUAUAAUUCAAAACCAGAUGGAAAAUGAGUCCACUAUAUAUUGAUAGAGCUAUUUCAUAACAAGGGAAAAGCCUUUUGUAAUGUGUCUGUGCUAGUUCAACCUAUAAAUCACUCAUUUAUUGUCUGGUUAUGUUUGUACCUGUAGCAGAAAAUGAAGUGAAGAUCAUUAGUAGGAAUGAGAAAAGCACGUUAAAGGCUCCAGGUUGUUUUUCUUUCUGAUUCAAUUUGGUCGAAUGCACUUUUAUGUUGUUUUCCUAUAGUACAGGCAUAUCUACAGGUGCAAGUGAGUGGGCAACAUCAGACCUGCCAAAUCUCACAUUGCCUUGAGCAUUCGUGUAUGAGUCAGCCUCACAGGGCAGCAAUGGGGGCUCAAGACGAUUGUGGCAGCAGAGUCGGUGUCUUUCCAGCUCUGUAAUCCAGCGUGCCAGAUGCAGCUUGCUGACAGACCUUGGCUCUGACCAGUGAAAGGUGUCAGAGGCUACAGGAGCGCUGGCAUUGUGCUGUGGUGGAGAGUCCAUGUGGCAGGGUGUGUUCCUCAGGUCUGUGCACUAAGGUACCCUUGCCCAGGGCAGCCAGGUGACCCUGGCUUCCUUGCUUAUGUGACACCUUCCCGUGGCACUUUCUGAAAGAGAAGAACUGAUCUCAUAAACAAGUCUUAUACUCAGAAGAGAGGUAGGAAGUGAGGAACCAGGUUUAUGCUUGACAACUGAAAAAAAGCUUUUUGGGGAAGAAAAAAAAAAAAAACAGUCACUGAGAGACCUUCAGAAUCUGCAGAUGUUUAAAGACUAUAGAAUUUGGCCAAAAGCAGGGAGGACAGAUUAAAAGCAGGAGCCAAAAGGGUUGUAUGUCAGGGCAUAAAAGAUAAUUAAUUUUUGUAAUUCAUUGGAAUUGGUUACAAACCCUUAUGUUAGUUGUCCAGAGUUGAAGUGGGGUGUUAGAGAAAAUCUUGUCAAUUUGGAACCAUGCGAUGUCUAGAACAAAUGGGAAAAAAAACAGAGUUACAAUGCACGGCAUGUGAGAGAAGAUAAACAUAGAAAUAAUAGGACUUUUUUCGUGAAAGAAAAAACACUGGAUGCUAAUUUGAAAUGCUUUAUUUAAAUUGGAAAUUGGCAAGCUAAAACAAUACUAAACUGGAAAAUCUGUUCCUGUGUGUGCACAUGAUAUAGAUGGUUCAAUAGCAGUAGCUUCAGGCCUGUUGCAAAGUUUAUUUUUGCCAAAUUUUUAAGAAGUAACUGAUUUUUUUUCACUGUUUAUUGUUCCACUAAUUGUUAAUCGUCAUUGCUUUAGAAGAAAUGCUUUUCUUGUCAUGUAAAUUGUGCAAUACUGAUAAUGUGGGUUCAUCAACCCCUUUUUUAUUUUUGAGUAAGUAAAGAGUUAGUAGGAUUGUGUUUAUUUUCAAUGAACUUGUAAAAGGAAAAGCAGCUUCUUGCAAUUUAAACUCUAGAUAAGUGUUAUACAAAUUACAUUAAGGAUGUUUUAAUAGUCAGUUUUCAUAGUUACUUUGUCUAUUCCAAUUUGUUAAAGGUGCUGUGAUUCCCUCUUACUGGGAAUAUAGAAGGGAACAAAGCAGAGCAUGAGAAUCAUAGAAUAUCCAAGUUGGAAGGUACCCACAAGGAUCAUUGAGUCCAACUCCUGGGUCCCCAAAGGACCACGCAAAAAAUCAGACCAUGUGUCUGAGAGCAUUGUCCAAAUACUUUUUGAACUCUGGCAGGCUCUGUGCCAUGAGCACUGCCCUGGGGAGCCUGUUCCAGUGCCCGACCACCCUCUCGGUGAAGAACCUUUUCCUGCUAUCCAUCCUGAACCACCCCUGUCGCAGCUUCAAGUCGUUCUCUCAGGUCCUGUUGCUGUCCCCAGAGAGCAGAGGUCAGCGCCUGCCCCUCCACUCCUCCUUGUAGACCGUGAUGAGGCCUUCCCUCAAUCUCCUCCAGGCUGAAUAUACCAGCUCUUCUCUUAGGAAACGCAGUCAACACCUAACAUCACGGAGGCCCAGCAUGAACGUUAACUGUGCUGGUGGGACAGACUGGUCAAGAAAUCUGGAGUCCAGCUGCUCUGUGGAAGACGUAACUGCAGCAGACCACGAGUCAGGAAAAAGUAAUGUGGUGCUAGGAGGUUAUAGCCCAUCUGCAGGUCCUAGGACUGAGGGUUUAGAUUCUGAAUGCCGACAUACUGCUUGUCCAGUGAGUCCCCAGAUCAGCAACAUGUUGUCUGCUUCUGAAGAUACACACAACUGUCAUUUUCAAGAUGGAAGUAAAAGACAGACUGAAUAUUUUAAUAUCCAGGAACGCCAUGGAUGCAGCGCUUUGUCUUCAAGCAUCAACUCACAGACGGUGACUCCAGAGAAAGUGACACUUGUGGUAGAUGGCACUCGAUUUGCAGUGAACCCACAGAUUUUCACUGCUCACCCUGAUACUAUGCUGGGAAGAAUGUUCGGACCAGGAAGAGAAUAUAAUUUCACCAGGCCAAAUGAAAAAGGAGAAUAUGAAAUUGCAGAAGGAAUUAGCUCAGCUGUGUUCCGGACUGUGCUGGAUUAUUACAAAACCGGAAUCAUUAACUGUCCUGAUGGAAUUUCUAUCCCAGACCUUAGAGACACAUGUGAUUAUCUCUGCAUAAACUUUGACUUCAACACAAUCAAAUGUCAAGAUUUAAGUGCUCUGUUACAUGAGCUCUCCAAUGAUGGUGCUCACAAGCAGUUUGACAGCUACCUGGAGGAGCUAAUUCUGCCUAUAAUGGUGGAUAGUGCCAGGAAAGGGGAACGUGAAUGCCAUAUCGUCGUGCUGACAGAUGAAGACACUGUGGACUGGGAUGAAGAUCAUCCACCUCCAAUGGGCGAGGAGUACUCACAAAUCCUUUACAGUUCCAAACUGUACAGAUUCUUCAAGUACAUUGAGAACCGUGAUGUUGCAAAAGCUGUGUUAAAGGAACGGGGCCUCAAAAAUAUACGCAUUGGAAUUGAAGGAUAUCCCACCUGUAAAGAGAAGGUGAAAAGGAGGCCUGGCGGUCGGUCGGAAGUGAUAUACAACUAUGUUCAACGGCCGUUCAUUCAGAUGUCCUGGGAAAAAGAAGAGGGCAAAAGCCGUCAUGUUGAUUUCCAAUGUGUUCGGAGCAAAUCUCUAACAAACUUAGUCACUGUGGGUGAUGACGUUUCAGAGGACCAUGAGGUUAUAAUGCAUCACCCCCCACAGGUAGAUGAACUCGAUAGGCUAAAUGCACCAUUCUCCCAAAUGGCUGUUAAUGAUCUACCAGAUUAGUCAUGGCUCAGGGUGCAUAGCGCUGCUUGAUGUGGGAAUAUCUCAGCAUAGUUUCAUCCCAGGAGAUGGAACACAGACUUCUUGCAAGGUGCUUUAUUCUUGUUCAUCCUCUUACUGUGUUGUCGUAUUUCAUUUAAAGCAUGUUAAUAAACAUCCACACUCCC